UAACGAACCACGAGGUGGAUCUAGAGGAAGUUAAUACAUCGCAUAUGACAACAUACUAGUGAGUAAAACAACAUUUCUGUGGCAUCAUGGGGGUUCACGGACUUACAAGUUUUGUGGAAGGAAAUUGUCAGUUCUUCACAGAUAUGAGACUGCGAGACUGCCGCCUAGUGAUUGAUGGGUGUAGUUUGUAUUUUCGAUUAUAUUUCAACUCUGGGUUGGAUCAAGCACGGGGGGGAGACUACGAGACGUUUGUGGUGUUGGUUCGACAGUUUUUUGCAGCACUAUCAGAAUGUGCUGUGCAGCCAUUUGUUGUGUUAGAUGGCGGAAUGGACCAGACGGACAAGAAGUUCAAGACACUACAGGAAAGGGCCCAAAGCAAAAUCCGAGAGGCUCACGCUCUUUCCCGAGGAUCUCACGGUUCUGUUCUCCCUCUGCUUGCACGUGAAGUCUUCAUACAGGCCCUUUCAGAGCUUGGCGUACCUUUAGUUCAAUGUAUUUCCGAAGCUGAUUUUGAAAUAGCCUCUCUUGCGAAACACUGGGGAUGUCCAGUUCUGACCAACGACAGUGACUUCUACAUCUUCGACCUCAAAGGUGGCUAUCUACCUUUUUCAUUCUUCCAAUGGAAUAACGUCAGUGGUAAGGCCACGGAACGCUACAUCCCUGCGCGCAAUUUCACAGUGAACCGCUUCUGCUCGCAUUUCAACCACAUGAACAAGCAGCUCCUCCCUCUAUUUGCUGUUGUCAUCGGGAAUGACUACACACCUGCUAAAAUAACUGAGAUUUUCUUCAGCCGUGUGGACCUCGAAAGAGUACCUUCCGGUCGGAAGUAUGGACGUAGUUCCAGUCCUCGAAUCGAGGGCUUUUUGCUCUGGCUGUCUCAGUUUACCAGCCCAGUAGAUGCUCUGGAGGAUGUCCUGGAGAUUUUGGGUGAACAACGGAAAGGAAACUUGCGUAUGCAGCUCUCCGCAGGAAUGCAGGACUACCAGCUUCCUCAGAGAAGCAGUUUGGCUCAGUACUUCUCAAGUCCCCAACCAGCACUUCCAGAUGCCCAGGGACUCCCAGCAGCACUGGUUUCUCAACCCGAAUGGCUUUUAAGGAUGGUUGCAUCAGGUAAGCUGUCAUCGUUUGUCUUGGAUGUGCUUGUACACCAGAAGGUUCUGUUAGUUGCGCAGGUGGAGAAUAGUAACCUGCCCAGCAGUCAUACAACCUCAUUGAGUAUCCGAAAGACUAUCUACAGCCUCCUGCUUGAAAAGGCAAGACAGGAUAUUCAGACGCCACAGGGAGUCAGCCAGAGAGGAAGAGGAAGACAAUCUCAGGGUAAAGGAGGACAACAGUGUGGCAUCCCAUGUGUUGAUGAAUAUGACAGACAAGAACUGAAUCUUAAGAAAAACACAUUGGAGGCUCACCGACCCAGCUGUGUGCCACAGCUUGAUCUCGCAGCAAUUGACAAGGCGCCUAUACAAAUGAGGCUGCAAGUGUUGUUGGGAACACUUGGUGUGAUGGACCACGUUUUACAGCCAUUACCCCCUCACCUUUGCCUUCCAGUGUGUGUGACGUAUUUCUGGAUGAAUAACUGUAAACCAAAGCCCAGUCAGCCUCUACUGCAGGCCAUAUUGUUGGGACUGGUGUACGGGGAACUCAGCUGGAGAAGGGCCCAUCCUGAUGACCCACUAUUUGGCAGCAAACCUUCUGCUUCUAUAUGUCAGCGAUUAUCUCAUCUGAGGGUCAAUCCAGGACAAAGGAGGGGCCUAGAUCUGGGUGUGGCCCAUUUGCUCAGCCAAUGGCAGUCCUGUAUGUGGGUGGCGAUGUUCCUGAACCAGUUACUGUGUUUCCCGUUACCUGAACUUCAAUGUGCCUGGGUUUUCAGUGGUACUCUGCUGCAUGGUCUUGAGGCUGCCAUAAGAGGGGGUCACCAGUGUGAGGCUCUGCUUGCAGGGGACGCUGUUACUUGGCAGCUCUACUCCAUCCUGCUAGAGGCAUUGACAGGUCCUGCAGUAUCAGCAACAGCAAGCAGGGGUCGAGGAGAGGGGCAGAGACAGGCUCAGCAAAGAGGGAGGGGCCAGGGGGGGAGAGGACGGGGCAAUGAAGGGAGAGGGAGGUGCAAUAGGGGAGGAAAGAGGGGCAACAGUAGCAGAGGAACGACGUCUUCAGACAGUGCUGUGGACAACAGGUUUGCACUGUUGACCUUUGAUGACUCUCAGCAGUGGUGGCCUUGAAAUGGCAGCAGGAAAUGAAAGAUUAGAUUUGAAAGGUUAGUUCAGGAGAGGAGAAUAAAGAAUUUCAGAGAUAGUUAUGUUUUUAACUAUGUUCUUAUGUGGCCUUUCACUUUAUAAAAGCAUGAUGUGGCUGAGGAUGUGCCACUUCUCAGAUUAGAGUAUCUUUUACCGACUUCAUUUCAGGAAACACAAAUUGUUUUGUUUACUAUGAAAAUGUUUUACUAUGAGAGCUGUUACGUAUGCACUAGGUUAAUAUGCACUGAAUCUAUUUUGCAGCUACAUCAUGAAAAUGGUCUGUUUAAUGUAGACUUUUAUACUAUUUAAUUGAAUGAACUUUUAUGAAAAAGAAUGUAGAAUUCGUAUAUUAUCUUGGGACCAAUAUUCUGUUGCUCCACUCCCUUUUUAUAAAAUAUUUAAUUGUGUGUAGUGUAAUUUGCUAAUAUCAUGUUUUUAAUAGGAUCUGAUUCCUCCCCCUAAUUAGGUAAAGCUUAAAGGGGUCAUAUGAUGCUUUU